GGGAAGGAAACUCGAGCAAGAAAUCGAGCCGACAGCAAUGAAAUAAUUCAAAUACUGCGUCGUGUCGCAUAGAAUGGCAUCUCGGUGCGCUAGAUGAUUCGUGUCUUAACUCAUUACUAUUCUACAUCGUCCGCGGAACCAUGCCUCAGAAAGAGUACUGCCCAAAGGGAUAUCAAGAGAUCCAAUCCCAAGGGUCUAGCUCUGCCGUACAUCUUCACUCUGCAGACUCGAACAAACCAUCUUUUGAUUUUUCAUUUGAAACAAUCCGGGAAAAUCUUUUCCGGGUGACCUUCACUUCGCAAGACCGCCCUCUUCCUCCCUAUCCAAGUGUGCAGAAGCCGGCGACGGACUUGUCUGGUAUUCAGAUAUCUACGACCAGCGGCCCCUUCCAGAAAUCCAUUGAAAUUGGCAAUGUCAAUGCCGUAGUAGACUGGGAGAAUGCCCCAGUGGUCUCACUGUCAUGGAAAGGCGAUAAUAAGCCUUUGUACCGGGAUUUGCCUUUGCGCUCGUAUGUGGCAGACGGGGAGGGAGUUGCACACUAUUCGGAGCAUGACCGUACAGCGUUUCACGUUGGACUAGGAGAAAAGACUGCCCCAAUGGAUCUGACAGGCCGUUAUUUCCAGCUGUCUGCCACAGAUAGCUUUGGGUACGACGUUUAUAACACCGAUCCCUUGUAUAAACACAUCCCUCUUCUAGUCAAGGCAACCCCCAGCGGGUGCAUCGGUAUCUUUUCCACCACGCACGGCAGGGGAAGCUGGUCGGUCGGCUCUGAAGUGGACGGUCUCUGGGGACAUUUCAAGAUUUACCGUCAGGACUAUGGAGGCCUUGAGCAGUACCUCAUUGUCGGAAAGACUCUCAAGGAUGUUGUGAAGUCAUACGCGGCGUUAGUGGGGUUUCCUCUCCUUGUCCCCCGAUGGGCUUAUGGAUACAUUUCCGGUGGCUACAAAUACACCAUGAUGGAUGAACCCCCUGCUCACCAGGCACUUAUGGAGUUUGCCGAUAAACUCAGGGAACAUGACAUCCCUUGCUCUGCACACCAGAUGAGUUCGGGCUACUCUAUCGCAGAGACUGAACCGAAAGUGCGCAACGUCUUUACAUGGAACAGAUACCGAUUCCCGAACCCAGAGAAGUGGAUUGCCCAGUAUCACUCCCGCGGCAUUCGCCUGUUAUCUAACAUUAAACCUUUCCUGUUGUCAUCGCACCCAGAUUUUGAGAACCUACUGGACGGAAACGGAUUCUUCCGAGAUCUAGAGUCUGGCAAGCCAGGUUAUAUGCGACUUUGGAGUGCUGGUGGCGGGACAGGGGGUGAUGGCUGCCACAUCGACUUUACUUCAGCUGUUGCCUUCAAGUGGUGGUAUGACGGGGUUCAAAGCCUAAAGCGUGCUGGAAUCGACGGCAUGUGGAAUGAUAACAAUGAAUAUACCCUCCCAAGCGAUGACUGGAGAGUUAUCCUUGAUGAGCCGACGGUCAGCGAAGCGGCCAAAAAACAGACCAAGGAUAAUUCCGUUGGUCUCUGGGGUCGUGCUAUGCACACCGAACUCAUGGGUAAAGCCUCGUAUGAAGGGCUGAGAGAUAUGGAGCCCAAACACCGGCCGUUUGUCCUUACUCGCAGUGCGACAGCUGGGACUAUGCGCUACGCAACCAGCACCUGGAGUGGCGACAACGUGACGAGCUGGGAAGGUAUGAAAGGCGCGAAUGCCUUGUCUCUGAAUUCCGGGAUCUCUCUCCUACAGUGUACGGGCCACGAUAUUGGGGGAUUUGAAGGACCACAACCAUCUCCUGAGCUCCUUCUUCGAUGGGUACAAUUAGGUAUCUAUUCCCCGCGAUUCGCCAUCAACUGUUUCAAAACAUCACCCGGAAACAACUCCGUUGGCGAGGUUAUUGAGCCCUGGAUGUAUCCUGAGAUCACUCCUCUGAUUCGCGAUACGAUUAAACGCCGCUACGAGAUCCUCCCCUAUAUUUAUUCCCUGGGCCUGGAAAGUCACUUCUUUGCCUCUCCUCCCCAGCGCUGGGUAGGAUGGGGCUACGAGGUUGAUCCAGAGGUGUGGACAAAACCCCUAAAGAGAGGAGAAGAGCAGUACUGGUUCGGUGAUACAAUCCUUGUUGGAGGGGUUUAUGAACCGGGUGUGAGUGUCGCGAGAAUGUAUUUACCGCGAAAGUCGAACGACACCUUUGAUUACGGAUACGUCAACAUGAAUGCUCCGUACGCGUAUUUCGCUUCUGGCCAAUGGGUGCAGGUGGCUUCAGAGUGGCAGCAGAGUAUUCCGAUACUGGCUAAAAUUGGGGGUGCUAUUCCGGUGGGAAAAUCAGUCCAGACAAGAAUUGUCGGCGAUGAAACAGCAGCAUCCCUAGCAGUGGAAGAACUAGACGACUAUCGAGGAGUUGAGAUCUUCCCCCCCAAAGGCAGUUCGCAUGGCAAUGUAUUCUCCACGACUUGGAUGGAAGAUGACGGAAUCUCCGUUGACCCUAAGGUAUCUCGUUACACUAUCAGCUAUAGCUCCACUGAUGACAGGGUGCUGGUAAGCUUCACCAAGGAUGAAGAGAGCGGAUUUGUUCCUGCUUGGAAAAAUCUGGAUAUUGUUCUGCACAAUGGUGACCAGAGACGGGUUGUCUCGGACAUGGGUAAAACGGUUGAAUAUAGCCGGACCGAUUCACGCGGGCGCAAGGUAUAUACCUUGACAUACUAGAGUAUUCUUGAUACAGUGCAUGCUUCGCUAGGGUGUAAAAGAAGAAUACACAAGUUCGACUACAUCUUACUUCCAAGCUUCGGGUUGCCCUGCCAAUCAAUGAUUACAGGGAUACAUAUGGAAUGCUCUGUGGAAAGAAAGGGUUAGCUGCACAAGGGACACUCAGUCAAUCGGUACAGAGUAUUGUAAGAGUUUUUACACGUUCGAUUAGGAUUAUGGAUCCUAUAUUAUGUCUAGUUUU